GUCAUUUCCUGCGUCCUUUUGCGUAUUUGAUAUUGCGGUCUUUCCGGUUCUCACUAUAUAAAAGCAAGUACUGGAGGAACAUGAUCGAGAUACUCCGCACCAAAUAACUGCUUAGAGAGAUCACAGUUGGAGGUCUAAGUUGGAGUCUAAAGAUGAUCUGAUGGACAGCCGCUUUUUGCUGACCUCCAUCUUUUGUUCAGUCUUGUGGGCUUUCUUCUGGGAGGUGAGCUGGAAGAAAAGCAAGGAAAAUCAACUUGAAGAAUGGCUCCAGGGACUCCGCCUCUCCGAAUACAUGUAUUUGUUUGAAGAUGUUCAGACUCUGGAGGAGCUGAGUUUGAGUGUGCUAUCUCGACUUGAGGAGGUGGUAAAGGAGAAGCAUCGCUGGAGGGAGAUCACUGAGGCACAUGUACAGCUCCUCAGAGACUUUGCCUUCCAGGAGUGGCUUUGUUCCCAGAGCUUGGAGCACUAUUACCACACUUUAAAGACACUGGGCUGCACUAACCUGGAUGAUCUGGCGCAGUUUGACAGCCAGCUUCAACUCUCUCUGGCAGCUUGGGGCUAUUACUACGAAGAUUACAUCAAACUGUCCACAGGUGUCAGGGUUCUUCAGGCAUCCAAGGAAAGCAGAGACCUGGACUACGAGAUUCAGCUGGUGUGCAGCCUUGCUGAAAGACGACUGAAUGAGAAGUGGUCUUUUGCUGGAGCGCUGAUAUUUGGCUGUACCGUUGCCCUGUGCUUUCUAAUAAGGGACCUCAUGUUUUACGUGAUUGGUGGAAUAACCGUUUCCAUCAUCGCAUUCGUCUUCACUAUUAAGUUCCUGUGUGAACUUGCUGCUCGUGUGGUCAGCUUCUUACAAAAUGACGAUCCUGCCCGAAAUGGGGACCGCAGUAUCUAUGACUAUGUGCGGGGAAACUAUCUGGACCCACGCUCUUGCAAGGUUUCCUGGGAUUGGAAGGAGCCACAGGAAGUGGGCCAAACCAUGAGUUUCCGUGUACAGCUUUUCUACAAGAAUGGCCAGCCGUUUCCAGCGCACAGGCCUGUGGGAUUGAGGGUAAACAUCACUCACAUAGAGCUGGCUUUGGAAGUCCCCGUCACCCAUGAGGUUCUUCUAGAGCCCGAGACCAAUGUAGUCAAAGUGGCCUUUACUGUGCGUAAGGCUGGACGCUAUGAGAUAGCUGUCAAACUUGGAGGCCUCAAUGUCGCCUACAGUCCUUACUACAAGAUAUUCCAACCAGGUACAGUGGUGCCAUCCAAAACAAAGAUAGCGUAUCAUUUCUCCACAAUAGUGCUGACCUAUGGCCAGCAACACACGCUGCAAAUAGAACCACGGGACGAGUAUGGCAACCCCACCAGUAACACAGUCUCACUCAUGGAUGAGGUCAAUUACAGUGUGCAAGUCCACUCGCUGGGCCCAGGAGAGGAGGAGAGCUCCGAGGAUUACUACAACACAUCUGUAUCAUUAAAUAAGCCACAGUGUCAGGUUCUGAUGAAGCUCACAUUCAGGAAGAAAGGCUGCUUUAGAGCAUGUAUUUCGUACAAGGACCUGCCCCUUAGCAAUGGCGAGUUUGAUAUCAUUGUACUCAGUGAAAACGAGAAGAACUGUGUGGAGAAAAACGUGUCUACCCCAGGUAUCAGCAUCUGCUUUGAGACUUACCUCUACAACAUUGGCAACUACAGUAGUUGUCCAUGGCAGUUCCCAGCAUCCUCCCAGCUGGCCCCACAGAGACGGCCCUCUAUGGGCGAAGAAGAGGAGGAACAGGACUCCACAGCAGAGGGUCAGUCAGAGAAGAUCAAGAAACCAAAAAAAGUUUACUGCUAUAUUUCACCAAAGCAAUUCUCUGUAAAGGAGUUUUACCUGAAAAUUAUUCCCUGGCGCCUUUUCACCUUUCGUGUGUGUCCUGGAACUAAGUUCACAUACCAUGGGCCAGACCCUGUACACAAGUACUUGACACUGGUGGUGGAUGAUGGGAUUCAGCCUCCAGUAGAGCUCAGCUGUAAGGACAGGAACAUCAUGGCUGCCACCUUUAUACGGUUUCUUCACAAGAACAUUGGAGGAUCAGAGACUUUUCAGGAUAAGGUGAACUUUUUUCAGAGAGAGCUGAGAAACAUUCACUCCAAAAGACCUCGUACUAAAACCUGCCUGAAAAUCAACCGUCACUCCCUCCUCGAUUCGUCUCUGAAGGCCACAAGAAACUUUUCAGUGUCUGAUUGGAGUAAGAACUUUGAAGUUGUGUUUCAGGAUGAGGAAGCUUUGGACUGGGGAGGACCAAGGCGUGAGUGGUUUGAGCUCAUCUGUAAAGCUCUGUUUGACACCAGUAACCAGCUCUUUAUACGCUUUAGUGACAACAACCAGGGUUUGGUCCAUCCAAAUGCUGAUCGUUCCCCUCAUUUAAGAGGGAAGAUGUAUGAGUUUGCUGGGCGAGUGGUGGGGAAGUGUCUAUAUGAGUCAGCUUUAGGUGGGGCCUACAAGCAGCUAGUACGGGCCCGGUUCACCCGUUCCUUCCUGGCCCAGAUUAUUGGUUUACGGAUGAACUACAAGUACUUUGAAAGUGACGAUGAAGAAUUUUACAAAACGAAGGUUUGCUUUAUCCUGAACAACGAUGUCAGUGAAAUGGACUUGGUGUUUGCUGAGGAAAAAUACAACAAGUCAGGACAGCUGGAGAAGGUGGUGGAAUUGAUAUCUGGUGGUGCUCAGAUUGCUGUGACCAAUGAGAAUAAAAUUCACUAUUUGAACCUGCUGGCCCAAUAUAGACUAGCCAGUCAAGUGCGAGAUGAAGUAGAGCACUUUCUGAAAGGUUUGAAUGAACUUGUACCAGAAAACCUUUUGGCUAUUUUUGAUGAGAAUGAACUGGAGUUGUUAAUGUGUGGUACAGGAGACAUUAAUGUGCAGGACUUCAAAGCUCAUGCCAUUAUUGUUGGAGGGUCGUGGCACUUCAGAGAAAAGGUGAUGAAGUGGUUCUGGGCAGUUGUGUCGUCCUUCACACAGGAAGAGUUGGCACGUUUGUUGCAGUUCACUACUGGCUCUUCACAACUCCCACCCGGUGGCUUUAACACACUUUGCCCAUCCUUCCAGAUCAUAGCAGCUCCCACACACAGUACGCUGCCCACCGCACAUACCUGUUUUAACCAGCUGUGCCUCCCAACAUACGACUCCUAUGAGGAGCUUCACAAGCUGCUGAAGCUGGCGAUUAGUGAGGGGAGCGAAGGCUUUGGGAUGCUCUGAACAUCUGUCCACACUUUAUGGACAUCUCACUCCAGUGUAUUCUUCAAAGCUAGGACUCUGAUCAUAAAAUUCCUCUGGAAGGAUUCAAAAGUUGUGUAUAUAUGUAUUUUUAAAAAAAAUAAGUUUUUCAUUUCUGUUGCCUCUUGCCAUGUUCAGGCAUAAAUAAAUGGCCAAACUUCGAGUCAAGAUGCUUGUAUUGCAUUUGGCUUAAACAGAUGGAUUUCUUUUAUGGAACAUAUUAGACUGAGAUUUUUUUGAAUGACUGCAUACCCCCUUUGGCCUUAACUGUUAAAGAAUAUAUAUUUAUUGCUUAUUUGUUUUGUUUAUACAUUAUAUGCAUCUUUUCUUUGUAAUUGAUAAUUUUAUAUAUUUGACAAAGGGACCUUAGACACGUUAUCACUGCUCAUAACUGUUAAUCUCAAAAAUGUUGAUUCGGUUCUGGGGAUUUACAUUCCAGAAUUAAUUGUUUGUUUUAGCUGAUUUCUGUAGGUUUAUUUGCCCUGUGCUUUUCUCAUUAAGCCCCAUUAUGUUCAGGUGGACUUUUGUUAGACAUUUAACUUAUGAAAAACAUAUUAAACAAACAAUUAUACUAAAAAGGUCAUGUGCAUUUAAAAAACCUUCAAGUAUUAAUUCAACAAAAUUUAUCAAAAAUCUUUUAAAAUCUGUGUUAUUUUCUGUUAUUUUGACAUCCACAGUAUGUACUAAUGUUUUCAUGACUAGUAAAAAAGGUUGGUUACUGUUGGUUAAUAUCCGUUAACAGAUACUGUAUAUGGUUAAUACUUGUUUUAUUAACAGAGCCUAUGGCAAUACUGUAAGGGAUGUUAAAAUCUGGAAGGGUAGUUUUGUGACCAAUACAAACCAUUUGCAGGGACAGGAAGUAAUGCUGAAGCAACGACUACCCUAAUUUUAUUCUGUGCUCUUGCUUUUGUCCUGGUCGUUACGUUCUAUGUAUAUAAUGUAACAUACUGUAUUUGGAUUUGAAUUUAAAAUAUUAUUUUUCUUUUUCAUUAGGUUAGCCUUUUUCAGACUGAACAUUGUGUGUAGAUGACUACACUUUAUCAGUUAUUUAUGAAACAAAAAUUAAACGGCAGCAAAGCUA